CAGCCUUUGACAAAUCGGAGAGAAAUAUAUGGGGUCGAAUGAAAGAGAUGAUCAUACGACGCAGCAGCAUCACCCUCCUCAUAUCAGCAGUCUCGUCGUCCGUACAUCCGGAAGCAACGACGGAGAAGUUGACCGCCACGCCGCCACCGGAGAAGUCUCCCGUGACCACCGGCCUUCUUUUCGUCAUAAGACUGAAAACGGACAUAGAACUCGUGCAAGUUCUACCUCACCACCUCGUCGUCCAUACGAAGAUCAUCGGCACGUCUCUGAUCUAAACCAUUCAGGUGCGCCGCCUCCUCGUGGCCGUGACUUCAGCAGCAGAAGAGAAUCUUCAGGGAGAUACAGAGACUAUUCACCACCACCACAAGCUAGAGGUGGACCUGGUGGUCGUCGUUUUGAUGGGCCUGAACCUUCUCAUGGCAUGAGCAGGAACAAUAACUCAAAGGUGCAACCAAGAGAUGGAGAUUGGUAUUGUCUAGACCCAUUAUGCAGAAACUUGAACUUUGCGAGACGAGAAGUGUGUUACAAGUGCAAGAGGGAUCGCUACGCACGUGCUAAUAGUCCCCCACCCCCUCGUCUUCUCCCUCCUCCUCCCAUCAAUGGCUACAGGUCUUCUCCUCCACGUGGCUACCCGCCACCAAGACUUGACUAUCCCACAUGGAGAGACAGAGACAGAGAACGAGACCGUAUGCGUUACUCAGACCUUGAGUACCCUCCUAACAGGCUCCAUCCUCAGCCACUUCCCAAACCUCACUAUGAGAGACGACCACCACCUCUCAGUCCACCUCGUGGUGGAAGAUGGGGACGACAUUCAAGAGAGAGAAGCAGAUCGCCACCAUUCAGAGACGCUCCACCACAUCAUCCAAUGAGGAGCAGAUCACCGCCAUUGAGAGAUGGUCCACCACCACCACCACAUCUCAGAGAUUACCGCCGUGACAGUUACUUUGAUAGGCGUGGUGAAAAAUUGAAAUUUCAAAAUUAUGUUAAAGAGAAGAGGGAGGAGGAGAUACCGUGGAAGACGAAGAAGAAGAAGAGGAAGAACAAAAACUCCACAAAGUAUUUAGCUUUCACUUUCCUUCUUCUUGAGCUCAGAACCCUAAAGCUCAUCCAUUUCUCUCUCUCUCUCUCUCGGAUCAAAAAUUCAAAGUUCCAAACUUUAACACCCGCCGAAUCCGUUUUCCGAUUUUUUCUCGCGCUCCAGCGCGGGAUUUGGCAGGAAUCCCCAAAAUCUAGACCAAGGCCUGCUGUGGAAGGUAGAGAUGGAACUCCUCAAAAGAAGAAGCAGUGUAACUGUAAACACUCUCGCUGCUUGAAACUGUACUGUGAGUGCUUUGCAUCUGGAACAUAUUGUGACUGUUGUAACUGUGUCAACUGUUUCAACAACGUUGACAAUGAACGUGCAAGACGAGAUGCUGUUGAAGCAAUUCUGGACCGGAAUCUAUAUGCCUUUAGGCCUAAGAUUGCUAGCAGUCCACAUGGUGUGAGGGACAAAAGGGAGGAGAUUGGUGAAGUUGUGUUGUUAGGGAAGCACAACAAAGGAUGCAACUGCAAGAAAUCAGGAUGCCUUAAAAAGUAUUGUGAGUGUUUUCAAGCGAACAUUCUUUGUUCCGAGAACUGCAAAUGCUUAGAUUGCAAAAACUUUGAAGGAAGUGAGGAGAGACAAGCUUUGUUUCACGGUGAACAUGGUAACAACAACAUGGCUUAUCUUCAACAAGCAGCUAAUUCAGCUAUUACUGGUGCUAUUGGUUCCUCAGGCUUUGCUCCUUCCCCAGCUUCUAAGAGAAGGAAAGGAGGUCAAGAUAUUUGCUUCAGCCAAGUAAACAAAGAUUCAUCUCUAGCAACUGUUGGCACUUUAUCAAAGUUUGUAUAUAGGUCUCUCUUAGCAAAUGUAAUCCAACCGCAGGAUGUGAAAGCUCUUUGUUCUGUUUUGGUCUCUGUAGCCGGAGAAGCAAUAAAGACAUUAACAUAUAAAAGAAAUGAAAACCGGGUUGAAGAUCAAACAGAAACUUCUUUAGCUUCUUCUGCACAAGAUGGAGAUCAAGCUGAUAAGUCUGGACCAGAGGGUUCUAAUUCAGAUGCUUGUAAAGGAAUGCCACUAUCUCCAGCAACUUUGGCGUUGAUGUGUGAUGAUGAACAGGAUAUUAUAUUAAUGGUAGCAGCAACUGAACCUAAUGGUGGCUGUGGAACAAACUCACAGGGGCAGUCACAGAACUGCGCAGAAAGGGAGAGAAUGGUGUUAACCAAGUUCAGAGAUUGCCUUAGUCGUCUUAUCACUUAUGCAGAAUUAAAAGGUAUUGUUGUAGUGUUGUUUCUUGUGCUUCAUCAGUGA